ACUGCAACACUGACACUUCAUUUAUUGGUAUGCACCAUACAAUAUCAACGGCAUCAAUUUCGGACUUUAGAAAUGACUUUCAUUAUAAAUAUCGUGGGAUACUACCACUUGAAUAGACUUAUCAUCAUCAACACUUGCAAUUCAGAACAAACACUCAAAAAGACACUACAAAACACAACUUGAGCUAUCAACUCAAUCACCAUGUCUCCUCACUCUGCUUCAACCACCACCAACGACCUCGUCAACGAGUAUGCCAACAUCAUCAAGGGCAAAACAAUCCUCACGACCGGUGUCACACCCAACAGUCUCGGCGCAACCUUUAUCCUAGAAACCGCCUCCAAAUCCCCAUCCCUUCUCAUCCUCGCAGGCCGCAACGCCUCCAAACUCCAAGAGAUGUCUGAAGCCAUCACCAAGACGAACCCUUCCGUCAAGACCCGCUCUCUUGUGGUAGAUCUUGGCUCUUUGGCUUCAGUGCGAAAAGCUGCUGAGGAGGUUAACAGCUGGAGUGAUGUGCCUAGCAUUGAUGUCGUUGUUAACAAUGCUGGAGUCAUGGCUAUUCCAUAUACCAAGAGUGUGGAUGGCUAUGAGAUGCAGUUUGCUAUUUGUCAUCUUGGACAUUUCCUUUUGACGAACUUGACUAUGGAUAAGAUUCUUGCUUCGGAGUCACCCCGUGUUGUUAACAUCUCGAGCAAUGGCCACAGUCUUGGUCCUAUUCGCUUCGCCGAUCCUCACUUCAGUGACGGCGAGAUUUACGACCAAUGGAGUGCCUACGGUCAAUCCAAGACUGCAAACAUGCUCUUCUCUGUAUCUUUGGCUCAAAAGCUAGGAAGCCGUGGUCUUGAAUCUUACAGUGUUCACCCUGGCCUCAUCCUGUCAACUGGUCUCGGCACACAUCUAGACUUUGCCAAUAUGGACGCUGAUCUGGGCACUUUCAUCAAGUCUCAUCGCGCACGAGGCAACUCUGAAGGGUGGGCAGCCAUUCCCCCUGUUCCCGUCGAAGUUGGCGCUGCGACACAUGCAUUCGCUGCUUUCGACCCCAACAUCAAAGCAAGCAACGGCGCUCAUCUCUUGGAGGCGAGGGUUGCUGAUCCUUUUGUUGAUACUGUCAAGGCUUGGGCGCGAGAUGCUGUUGAGGCUGAGAAGUUGUGGAGGCUGAGUGAGGAGCUUGUUGGGCAGAAGUUUGGAUAUUAAUCGCUGUAGUGUGCUUUUCAGCUUGAAGGCAAAAAGGGAGGAGUUGGGUUCAAAAUUAUAGGUACCUUAGACUACAAUUAGAUGAUCGUUAUCGCCGCUUAAUAUGCAUUGUUCGCUC